GAGUAAGCUAUCUCGUCUGGCUCAGAGGUUGAAUCAGAGACCGGGGGAUGCUUUGGUAAAGGACAUCAGACUGCUGUUCUACACGGGCACCUCACCACACACCUCUCACAGUCUGGGCAGGAACUAUUCCGUCAGCAUGACUCAACAGAUGCAGAACCUGCAGCUGUCCCACACCAGGAAGUGCUCGGGAGGCCCUGCCUCCCCCAGCGCCGCCAAGCGCCUCUACAGGAACCUAUCAGAGAAGCUGAAAGGAGGCCACUCCUCCUUCGAGGACGCCUACUUCUUCGGCCGCGGAGAACGCCACGGUCAUCACAAGGGCUCGGUGAGUUGGGAUUGUAACAUGCAGGGUAGUGAGUGUCUGUUUGAGGCGGUGGAGCAACAGGAUGUAGAGGCCGUCCAGAUCCUUCUCUACCAAUACACAGCUGAGGAGCUGGACCUCAACACGCCCAACAGCCAAGGGUUAACGCCGCUAGACGUGGCCGUCAUGACCAACAACACACCUAUAGCCAAACUACUGCUGAAGGCCGGCGGCAAGGAGAGCCCUCACUUUGUCAGUGUGGAGAGUCGCGAGGCCCACCUUAGCAGCCUGUUCAUCGAGGCAGAGAGGAGGGCAGGGGAGCUGGCUGCUCAGGCCCAGAGAGACGGCCUUAGCUUGGAGGCCUGUGACAAGGACAAGCAGAUCCGAGCCUGGGAGUGGAGGUGCAAGCUCUACAAACGCAUGACGACUGGCUUCCAGCAUGCACGUGUGCCAGAGCCCCUGUCUGCAGUGCGUCUCAGUGUAACCAGUAGCUCCUCUCUCACGGUCACAUUCCAGGAGCCCCGCUGCCUCAACUCUGCUGUGAUCACCAAGUACAGAGUGGAGUGGAGCUGUCUAAAGGACUUUUCCAUGCUGGCUGGAGACAUGGUGUUGGAAAACCUACAGACACUCAAAUGUACCAUCAACGGCCUUACCAUGGGGAGGCUGUACUAUGUCCAAGUGUCAGCCUACAACAUGAAGGGUUGGGGUCCACCUCAGUCAACUCUACCCCCCUCCGCUUCACCCUCCAACUGUAGGGAGAGUGAUGGUCGGGAGCCCAGGAGAAGAGAGCACAUAGGGCAUAUGGAGAGCCUGCUGCAACAGGUCCGCGCUACUCACACACACUACAGCUGCGGAGACACAUCAAAGCUCCAUAACCCAAGCCGUAAGCAGUCUGUCUCCAGAAGUCUCAAGCACCUCUUUAACUCCUCCAACAAGUUUGUCAAGACUCUCAAAAGGGGGGUUUACCUGGCAGCAGUGUUCUACCACAAAGACAGUCUACUGGUGACCACAGAGGACCAGAUCCCUAUAGUGGAGGUGGAUGACUCUUACGGCAGCUCUCUCAUGCAGGACUUCCUAUGGUUCACUAAGUUGUCGUGUAUGUGGGAGGAUGUGCGGUGGCUGAGACAGAGUAUGUCUGUCUCCAUGUCCUCCUCCUCCACUCUACAGGCCAGACAGAAGAUGUUGGCUGCCGCUGGGCAACUACAGAGCUUGUUGGGGACACACAACCUGGGGCGUGUCCACUACGAGCCCAUCAAGGAUCGUCAUGGCAACGUAUUGCUAGUGACUAUCCGGGACAUGGAGAGCCAGUACUCGUUCUUCAGUGGGAAGUGGAUGCAGGUGUCCAAGCUACAAAGCCAGAGGAAGAGUCUGUCCACACCUGAAGAACCCUACGCACUGGACAUACUGCUAAUUACCAUACAGGAUAUCUCGGCCUAUCAGAGGCGUAGCCAGCAUCGCCUGACCCCAGGUCUGUACCUGGGUUACCUGAAGCUCAGCAGCUCUGUAGACCAGAUCAGAGUGCUGGUGCCACAGAGGAUGCCCAACAUGCUGUGCCAUGCGCGGGUACGAGACAACGCCAAUGUCUCCAGGGAGGAGUGGGACUGGCUGCAGAGGCUGUCAAACAUAGAGGAUGGAGAGAAGGAGAGAAUUGCGGGAGAGAGGGAGGGAGUGGAUCAAACGUCAGACAGUAACACACCAUUGCUCUACUACGAGCUACAGACUGCCCUCAAGGCCCUGCUGAAACUCAUCAACCUACCUCUGCACCAGGCCAAGCACUUCCGUAUCUACACUCACGAGGUGUUGGAGUUGGGUCAUAAUGUUUCCUUCCUGCUGCUGCUGCCGGCGGCUGACGAUGUGUGUACCGCUCCCGGACAGACCAACCCCUACACACCACACUCCGGCUUCCUCAACCUCCCUCUCCAAAUGUUUGAGCUGGCCCAUUUCAGUGCGUACAAGGAGAAGUGUAUGGGUCUGUACUGUCGCAUGUCGUCUGUCUUGGACCUGGAUGCACUUAUUACCCAGCAGGCCCUGCGAGAGGCCAUCACGGACACAGAGGUCGCCACGGCCAAACAGAGACACCGACAUAUACAGGACUAUACACAGCAGCUGGAUGAGAUGUGGCAGGAGCUGCGUUGGAUCACUGAUGCCCUGCAGUAUGCCCGCUACAAGCAUCCCAGUGGCGGGGUGCCCAUCACCAGCCUGGUCAAUGCCAGCAAGCUUGAGUCAGACCAGGGGGCACAGAAGAGUGACUCAGCAUCCUCUACCAUGGACUACCUACCCACACCAUCACCCUCACCUGAGCUACGACCCAGGAAGGCUGCUAGUGACUCCCAACUGGGGUCAGAUGAGGACGGUUGUUCAGAGGUGUUCCUGCCAACAGACAGCGACUAUGACUCCAGCGAGGCCUUGUCCCCCCGUGAGCUGGACCUGCUCUACUCUUCCCAACAGGACCUCUCCCAGCAGGCUGUGCACGCCCUGGGAGGCAGCGCUCCCGACGUACUGCAGAUACACGAACUAAGGUACAGCAUCUGCCAUCCCAAAGACCUCCCUCUCUCCCCCGCCUUCCCCCUCUCCCCAGGCCCACUCCUCUCCCCCGCCUUCCCCCUAUCCUCAGCCCCACCCUUCUCCCCUGCCCUCAUUCUCCCCAAGACCACCCUUUCUUGCACCAAAAUCCUGGAGGGUCUCUCCCUCUCCAAGACAACCCAGGACCAGCACUCCUCCACCCCCCUGUGGCCCCUAGCCAACCCCCCAACCAAGCGGAAGCUGCUGUCCAGAAUCCACGGGGCCGCUGGGCCCCAGCACUGGUUGAAGAGCCACAGCGACAGCCACACUGGGUCCCUGUCUGAGGGGGUCUAUACCAGGCAGAAGGACCCAGACCUGCCCCUGGAUCUCCUAUCCCCUCAGGGGGAGACAUACAUUAGUCAUGCUUCCUGUGUCCUGGAGGGCAGUGGGGUGGGGCAGAGGGAGCCCAGGCCCCAUGUCAGGAGGAUCUUUGUGGAACCGUUUCCAUCUGAACAUUCCCCACACCCCUCUUCCUGCCCACACCCCUCUUCCUGCCCACACCCCUAUUCCUGCCCACACCCCACUUCCUGCCCACACCCCACUUCCUGCCCACACCCCACUUCCUGCCCACACCCCACUUCCCUGCCCACACCCCUCUUCCUGCCCACACCCCUCUUCCUGCCCACACCCCUCUUCCCUGCCCACACCCCACUUCCCUGCCCACACCCCACUUCCCUGCCCACACCCCUCUUCCUGCCCACACCCCUCUUCCCUGCCCACACCCCACUUCCCUGCCCACACCCCACUUCCCUGCCCACACCCCUCUCCCCGCUCCACACCCCUCUUCCCUCUCCACACCCCUCUUCCGGCUCCACACCCCUCAUCCCUCUCCACACCCCUCUUCCCCGGAAUAUUCCCUGUUGGAGCACUCUGAGCUCUCGGCAGAGCCGUUCCAAGCCACAGGAUCGCGGUCUGAGAGCUGCCCUUGCUAGUUGCAGAGCCAAAGGGGGUCGGCACUCUCACAGUGGCCUGUCACAAAGGUAA